GCGAGAAAAAACGAAGUUGUCUCAUUUCAAUCUCAGCUCUUGCUUUUCCAUUUCAAGAUAUGGGUAAGCUUAUUUCUUCUCUCAUUCUUCCUUCUGUUGCUAAUGGUGGAGGCAAUCUUUCUAUUUUCCACUCUUCUUUUUCUUCUUCUGUUAACCCCUUUACUACCCACAUCAAUGCUUUAGAUAAGAAAUCCAAGCCUGUAAAUGGAAAGGAUAUAAAGUAUGAUGGCUUCCAUAGUGUUCGUGAUGCUUUUUUUGUGUUUAACAAGAUGAUUGGAAAGUUCCCAAAGCCCUCCAUCGUGGAAUUUAAUAAACUAUUAGGAAGCGUUGUUAGGAUGAAACAUUAUGCCCUUGUCGUUUCUAUGUAUAGCCGGAUGGAAUUACUUGGAGUUUCUCAUGAUGUUUAUUCUUUGAACAUCUUGAUUAAUUGUUUUUGUCAAUUAGGUCGGGUUGAUUUUGGGUAUUCUGUUUUGGGGAAAAUACCUGAUAUUGUAACUCUGUCCACUCUGAUUAAUGGACUUUGCAAGCAAGGUAAGAUUUAUCAGGCUGUGAGUUUGUUUGAUGAAUUUGUUGAAAAGGGGUAUCAACCUAAUUUAAUUGUUUACAAUAUAGUUCUCAAUGGUUUGUGUAAGAUCGGCAGUACAAAUAAAGCUGUUAAGUUUCUAAGGAUGAUGGAAGGAAGAGGUUUCAAACCCGAUAUUGUAGCAUACAACACUGUCAUCGACUGUCUUUGUAAGCACCGGUUGAUAAAGGAAGCUCUCCAUCUCUUCUCUGAAGUGAAGGUUAAGGGCAUUAAACCAGAUACCAUUACUUACAAUUGCUUAAUUCAUGGUAUGUGUAAUUCGGGUCAGAAGAUGGAGGUAACAAGGUUGUUGAAUGAAAUGGUGGAUAAUAAGAUUAACCUCGAUAUUGUCACAUAUAAUAUAUUGAUCGAUGCAUAUCGCAAGGAAGGGAUGAUCUCUGAAGCUGAAGAUAUUGUUGACACAAUGAUUAAACAAGGCAUUGAGCCUGAUGUUUUCACAUAUAAUGCAUUGAUUGAUGCACAUUGCAAGGAAGAGAUGGUUGCUAAAGCUGUGCAUAUUGUUGACAAAAUGAUAAAGCAAGGCAUUGAACCUAAUGUUGUUACCUAUUCUGCAUUAAUAAACGGCCAUUGCUUGGGAAACAAAUUGGACAAAGCUACAGGAGUUCUACAGUUGAUGAUUGGGAAGGGUUGUGCACCUGAUAUUGUUAGUUACAACACGUUGAUCAAUGGAUAUUGCAAAGCUAACAUGUUAGACGAAGCAAUGGAACUCUUUGAUGAAAUGUCUCAAAAAGGACCAAACCCGGAUGUUGUCACAUACAGUACUCUUAUGCAAAGCAUGUUCCAGUUAGGGAGAGUUUCAACUGCAUGUGAAUUUUUUAGAAAGAUGCUUGCUUCUAGACUAGUUCCAAAUUUGGUGACAUGUUCGAUUUUGCUGGAUGGUUUAUGCAAAGCAGGUAAACUCGAAGAGGCAUUGAAACUUUUUCAAGCUAUGCUGAACAACGGACUGGAACUUAAUAUCGUCUCUUAUAAUAAUCUGAUCGAUGGGUUGUGCAAAGCUGGGCAUAUUGAUGUUGCGAAGGAAUUAUUUCAGAAACUCUCAUUCAAUGGUUUAAAACCGGAUGUUUACACGUAUACCAGAAUGAUUGAUGGAUUGUCUAAAGAGGGAUUGCCAGACGAUGCAUACCAAUUGUUUAGGAGCAUGGGAGACAAUGACUGUUUGCCUAAUAGCUGUUGUUAUAAUGUAAUGAUUCUGGGGCUUCUUCAAAAUGGUUAUACCUUGAAGGCAGCACAAGUUCUUGAAGAAAUGGUGGGUAAGGGCUUCUCUGCAGAUAUUUUCACUGCCACUUUAUUUGUGAAUCUCAUCUUAGGUUCUGAUAAAUCAAUCUUGAUGAAGGUUUAAGGUUUAGUGUAAAGAUGGUUACUUGUAAUUGUGGAACGAUUUAUUUAUAAGCAAUUGUACGGUGAUAAGUUGAAGAUUCUGGAAACUACAAUGAGUGUUGA